AUGGUCUCAGACGUGCAGAGGGCCUGGGAGGCCUGUGACCGGACAGACACGGUUUUCAUUCUGGUCUGUACCGUCUUCUGCUGGCCCAUCAUUCCCGCGGUCGGACUCGGUUACAGCGGGUAUUCCACGCGGCGAAGUGGACUUGCUUCAUUCAUCCCAGCCGUGUUGACGGUUUGCGUCUGCUCAAUCCAGUGGUUUAUCGUUGGCUAUGCCCUUGCUUAUGGCGAAGGCCCGGGCGGAGUCAUCGGCGACCUCAAGUUUGCCUUUCAUCGAGGUGUGCUUGCUGAACCGGUCGGGAGUAUUCCGGCGGUGCUGUUCAGCGAGUUUCAGCUCGUGUUUCUGGCCACGGUCUGUGCCAUCGCGGUUGGAGGAGCUUGUGAGCGUGGCCGCAUUCUUCCGUUGAUUCCCUUCAUCUUUCUUUGGUCCACCUUCAUUUACUGCCCUCUUGCUCACAUGGUCUGGGGUGGAGGCUUUCUCAGUGAGCUUGGUGUGCUCGACUUUGCUGGUGGAACCCCAGUGCAUAUCUGCAGUGGUGCAACGGCCAGUGCACUCAGUCUCUACCUCUCCUACCCAGUGUUCCGCUCCCGAAAGUCAGAUGUUCGAACGCCUUCACAUCUCAAAUUGCACCGGCCGCACAACUCAAUAUGUCAGCUACUGGCAAUGAUCAUCAUCUGGGGCUCUUGGCUGGCGUUCGAUGCCGGUACCACCCUUACCCUCAGCUUUCAAUCCGUCAUGGCGCUCUGCGUGACAAAUCUGUGUGCUUCGGCGGGUGCCUUGACUUGGGCAUCUAUCACCUAUUUCGAGACCGGUCGAUGGUCACUGGACUCGACGUUUAUGGGCGCGAUAGCCGGUCUGGUCAUGAUUACCCCUGCAGCAGGUUUCAUAGAUCUUCCGACCUCGCUCUUCUUUGGCAUCUUCGGAGCCGUGGUCUGCCGUCAGGCGUUGCGGAUCAAGUUCACCGACUUUGCGCGAAGGGUACGCUGGGUUGACAAUGGGGACACCUUUGCUACCCACUGCGUCGGAGGCUUCCUUGGUACCAUCGGCACGGGGCUCUUCGCCCAGAAGGCAGUGGCAGCAUAUGGAGGAGUGGAGGUGGACGGGGGUGUGUUUUUUGACGGCAACAUUCGUCAGCUAGGGAUCCAAAUCGUCGAAGCGUUGAUUGGCUUCACUUGGUCGUUCGUGGGAUCAUUCGUGAUCAUUGCGCUGAUUGAUUGCGUUCCAGGCCUCGAGGUGCUGGCCGAAGACAAGGAAGUUAAUGUAGGCAUGGACGCUUCUCAAAUGGAUGAGAGCUUGUACGAGGCACAAUGGGCUGGAGAGGAGGACUAUAAGCCUCUAGCGAACGGUAAUAUCGUCCUAGAUUAG